AAUCAACAAACUCAAAAAUGUCCGUCGUUGCAGAUGAUACGUUUUUAUUUUAAUUUUCAAUGUGUAUUGUGUGACUAAUGUGGCGAGCAAUGUGAAGUAUUUUCUCUAUAAUAUUUAUAAUUAUAUAAUAGGAAUAUCAAAUACCAAACCAAAAUGAUUGUUCAAGAGCCAUUGCAGGUUAUUGUAUGGGAUUGCCUCAAUAAUUAUGAAUACGACAAUGCUAUAUUCUUGGCAGAAAGGUUACAUGCUGAAUUUAAUUCAGAGGAGACUGCAUUUUUACUUGGUACCUGUUACUAUAGAGCUGGAAGAAUAAACGAAACACAUCAUUUGCUUCAAAAUAUUUCAUUAUCACUUCCACAAGCUCGGUUCCUUUUAGCCAAAUGUUCUGUAGAUCUUAAAUUGUAUAAAGAUGCUGAGAAUGCACUUGGGACAAAUAUGGAUGUUGUUGUUUCGGAAUUUGGAGAACAAGCACCAUAUGCAUUACAACUACUUGCAAAAAUCUACACUAUCACAGAAAGGAAAAGUAAGGCUGUAGAGGCCUAUCGAAAAUCUCUAUCUUUGAACCCAUUUAUGUGGAAAUCCUUUUCUCAGCUAUGUAAUAUGGGUGAAAAAGUUGAACCAAGCCAAGUAUUCCAUUCAAGCUCCGAAUUCUCAUUUGGUAUUUCAACACUUGUGAAUCUAGUCAAUAAUUCAGAAAAUAUUUCAAUUUCUUCACCAUUCAUUCCUAACAACAAUAGUAUUAAUAAUACUGUUACGCCUAAUAAUAUGGUGACUCGAACAUCUUUGCCUAUGUCUACUAGUAUAACUCCAGAUUCACAGGUUUCUGUUAAAAGAAUGCACAGUGUUUUCAGUGGAAUUGCACCUAUACCAUUUUCACCAUCAUUUGGUAUGCUUCCUAUGGAUGAAUCUCCAGCAAUGUAUACACCUACACUUACAGAUUCUAAUGAACAGAAAGCUAUUCCAAAAAUUGUUAAUUCAUUGAGGGCUCAUGUUGGACAGUUGAAAGAUGCUGUCUUCAGUCCCAGUGGUCCAAGAUGUACUUUGGGACCUGCGCCUCGGAGGUCAUCAAGACUUUUUUGCACAAAUAACAGCAGUUACUCUGUAAAAGAAAAUAAUAAGUCACCUAGCCGUAAAUUUGUUGCACCAAAAAGUCCAUCUAGAAAAAAUAAACAGCGUUCAGUUAAGAAUGUGAAAUCAAAUACAGAAACCAAUGAACGAAUUAAGAAUGUUGAAGCAACUACUCCAACUAUGACACCAAAGAAUUCCAAUGUGGUGGGACUGCUUAACUUGUUAAAAGAUCUUGGUGAGGCUUACAAAUCAUUGGCAUUUUUGGAUUGUAAAAUUGCUAUAAAACAAUUUAAAAACAUAUCAGCAAAGCAAAUUACGUCACCGUGGGUACAAACAAUGAUUGCCAGAGCUCAUUAUGAGUUAGCUCAGUAUGAACCUGCUGUAAAAGUUUUUUCUGAAAUAAGAAAGCAAUAUCCUUGUCGAACCGAAGGAAUGGAUAUAUACAGUACCUGCUUAUGGCAUUUACAAAGAGAGGCUCAAUUAUCUGCAUUAGCUCAGGAACUAGUCGAGUUAGAUAGAAAUAAUGCAAUUUCUUGGUUGGCUGCUGGGAAUUGCUUCUCAUUACAUAAAGAGAGGGAAACUGCUCUUAAAUUUUUCAAAAGAGCUGUGCAAAUAAAUCCUGAUGCUUCAUAUGCUCAUGCCCUCUUAGGCCAUGAGUACUCUGUGGCAGAAGAAACGGACAAGGCCUUAUCAAGUUUUAGAACGGCUGUUAGUAUUGACCCACGUAACUAUGUUGCAUGCUAUGGCAUUGCUACAGUUUAUGCAAAGCAGGAGAGAUGGAAAUCAUCUGAAAUGCAAAUUCGUCGAGCAUUAACUAUUCAUCCUUAUUCAGGUGUAUUGCGUUGUCAGUUAGGGCUAGCUCAAGCUGCGUUAGGUAAAAUGGAUAGAGCCCUUGCCACCCUUGAAAGAGCUGUUGCUUUAGACACAGACAAUCCACUGUGUAGAUUUCAUAGAGCUUCUGUGUUAUUAAGGGCUGGAAGACCACAAGAUGCCCUACCUGAUCUACAUCACUUAAAAGACAUGGUGCCUAAAGAGUCUUCAGUAUAUUACCUCCUUGGGAAAGUUCAUGAUAAGUUGGGCAACUCACAUUUAGCUUUAAUGCACUUCUGUUGGGCUACAAAUUUAGACCCUAAGGGCAUGAGUGGACACGUCAAAGAAUCAUUUGACCCAUCAAAACCAGAAGAAAGUUCAGAAAGACCGUAAGAUACUGUAUCAUAAACAUGAAACUUGAGUGUUCAAAAAGUAAUCUUUUUAGGUCCUUCACUAAACCAUAUAUAAAAGAAACCGAUUUUGAAACUAACAUUUGCCUCAAUUUUAAACUUGACACUGGUUUGGUGUAGAAUGCUCAUGUUAAUCAGUAUAUUGAAAUUAUAUACCUAUUCAAUUUUGACUGAAUGUUGUACAUAGAGAUGUCACUUAUCAAUCUCCAGUCACCAAAAACAAUUAUAAUUUAGUGGGAUUGGUUUGUGCAUAGCAGUAGUAUAUUUGUUUAUAUAGAUUAAGAUGUGGAUAUUUCUUUGUUUAUCAUAGUUAACUGUAUAGAAAAUAAAACAAUAAUUACUGGAAUGAUUGUGCUUAUAACACACAUGGCUUUGAUCUCAAUGUGGUGUUUUAAAUUUAAAUGUAUUAAAAAACUUUUUAGCAUUAUGACUACUCAUUUUGUUAAAAUUAUGCAAUUGUGAAAGUAAACCAAUUGACAAUAACCGCAGGCGGUUUUAGAAAUCAAUUCAAAUCAAAGUUAUUU